AUGUCGAGAGCGGGCGCGAGGCACCCGGAUGCUGACGAGCACCGGCCGAGCUCCUCCACGGCGCCGCAGCACGACGACGGCGAGGUGCAGCAGCUGUACGCGACGCUCAACGAGUACCUCCAGCUCGAGCACAAGUUCCAGCCGCGCCUGUGUCUCCCGGAAGACUCAGAGAGCGGGGAGGUGACGAUCGGCGCGAGAGAUGGCGCUGCACACGUGCUCCGCUGUCUCAAGAUGUUAAAAGAGUCCCAAGGAUCUCGAUCUCACAAACCCAUGAUGGGAACAGUCUAA